UAUAAUGGCAUAUCAUUGUAUCCUCAACCGGGGGACGGCUUUGGAACCCAUGGUUUUAACACUGCUAUCUCGAAAAUAUUACAUGGAAAAAACAAAUCUCUUAGAAAAGGCAUAUUUUCUUUGAUAGUAUCUGACACAUAUGACACUUCUCAGAGUGUUCGUUCAAUACUCCUGGAACCUAUUUAUGCAGAAAAUGAAAUAAUCGCUACUUCUUGGACACUUUAUGGAGCACCCAAAGGAUCCUAUAUAAUAGUUCUAGAAUAUGCUGAAUUAGGUGAUUUACGCGAAUAUUUAAAAGAGAAAUUCGCCGAAAUUACGUGGAAAGAAAAGAUUGACAUUAGUAGACAGCAUACAAGAAACAUAGUUCUAUCGAAACGCGAUGAGAAAAUUCGGGCGAUAAUAACUGACUUUGGAAUGUCAAAAGUGUUGUCCCGUGGAAGUUUAACAUUUUCAAUACUGAAAGGAGUGCCAGCAUUCGUGGACCCGACUGUAUUGAAUGAAGAAAAUUAUGAUAAUUUUACAAAAAAGUCUGACGUAUACAGUUUGGGGGUAGUACUUUGGGAAAUUUCGAGCGGAACACCUCCAUUUGAAGGUCAGAUAAAUAUUCUGGCUAUAUUGGGUGGUAAAAGGGAAACUCCGGUACCAGGCACACCAUGUGAGUAUAUAGAAAUCUAUCGAAAAUGCUGGGACGAGGAUCCUAAAAGACGUCCGAGUGUUCAUUAUGUGUUCGAAAGACUUGGUGAGGAAAUUAUGGUUACGGGACCCGUAUUUAAAGGACCGGAAAAAUGCUGUGAGAAUCAUCCUCAUCAUGAAUUAACAUCCAAACGGUUAGAAACAAGAAUCUCAGAAACUGAUUCUAUGUCUUCAAAUGUUUCCGAAUUGCGACUAAUCGAAUUAUUUAAAGAUAUAGAUAAAUUAUGCUCUAACCAAUCAUAUAGUAAGGUGAUAAGAACUUUUAAGCAGAACGCACCUAACCUUGCUGCCAAAUUAAUGGAAUAUAAGGAUAACUCGACUGAGUAA